AUGUUUUCCUCUGCCAACUUUGAUGAGGAAAAUGGCGAAGUUGUCGUACCAGAGAAGCAAGCUAACAGCGAGCCUUCUUCAAGCUCAACUCCAAACGCAAAACUGGAUUCUGCUGAGCAACUCACCUAUCUGAAUCUGUCCUCAUCUCUAUCUAACUCGAAUCCCUCGGCAGAAUGGACUCGAUCCCAUGGCUUCUGGCGAUCUUUCAUUGCAAUAUGCAUACCACUGCUUCUUUCCGCACUGGGAGGAAGCAUCACCAACACGGCACUACCCACCAUCUCUGAGGCUCUCAAUUUAAACACCAAAUUCUCUUGGAUAGCGACCGAUUUUCUCCUGGCCAGCACCGUCUUCCAGCCUUUGUACUCUCAACUGGGAGAUAUGUGGGGACGCAAACGCCCGAUGAUGGCAGCCAUCGCCGUUUUCGCUCUCGGUAGCGCAAUAUGUGCCGGAGCAAGAUCAGGCCCAAUGCUGAUUUCGGGACGGAUCCUGCAGGGCUUAGGCACAGGCGGAAUCGAUCUCUUCGCUGAAAUGAUUCUCUGUGACAUCGUCCCAUUAAGGAAGAGAGGUCCUUAUCUAGCGAUUAAGCAUGUUGCUUUCGCCGCUGGGACGACAAUGGGGCCGCUACUCGGCGGUGUAUUUGCAGAACAAGGAUGGUACUCGUGCUUCCUGAUCAACACACCCGUAUGUAUCAUCUCGCUAGCCAUCAUGUGGAUUUGGCUCAGUGUCGACGAAGGUCUCACAAAUGGUAAAGUAUCUAUCGGAGACAAUCUGAGAAAGACUGACUAUAUCGGCAGUGGCAUGCUGACUGGCUCUGUGCUUAUGAUCCUCGUUGCACUCAGCACUGAUGGCGCACGCUGGCCUUGGAACCACCCAUCUAUCAUCACACUCAUUGUGCUCGGAACACUAGGCCUCAUAGGCUUCAUCUUCUGGGAACGUUCUCGCUUUUUCAAAUAUCCUAUAAUGCCACCCCAUGUCUUUUCGAACCGUACGACAAACAUUGUCUUCGCAUUGACCGUCAUGCAUGGAAUCAUAACCUACGGCUUCCAAUUCUACCUCCCACUCUAUUUCCAAGCCGUCGAAGGCUCGUCCCCGUCAAAUUCAGGCGUUGAAGUUAUGCCUACGACACUUGUCAUUGUUAUCAUCGCUGCUCUUGGCGGACCCAUUCUUAGCUUCACAGGAAGAUACAAACACAUCCACAUGGCUGGCUUCGUCUGUGUAACACUCGGCCAAAGUCUCUGCAUAAUGCUUGACCACAGCACAUCCCCGGGUGUAUGGAUUAGCAUCCAGCUCAUCAUAGCGUCUGGUCUUGGAAUCGUGAUUCCGACCAUGCUCCCCGCCAUCCAAGCAAAGCUCCCCAAAGCUAGCACAGGAGCAAGUGCAGGAUCGUGGGCUUUCCUACGCGGAACAGAAUCACUAUUCGGUGUCGCGAUCCCCGGUGCAGUGUUCAACGCGCGCUUCACUUCGCUUCUACCUAGCAUCUUCUCGCCAGGCGCCCAGGCAAAGCUCUCUCACGGCCGAGCAUACCAGUGUGCAACGGCCUCGUUCAUCAAUAGAUACGGCACCACACCCACUGUAAAGAGCGAGAUUGUAACCGCAUACACACAAUCGCUCAGAAGCAUAUGGAUCAUCUUUACCGUCGUGGCUGCGGUAGGCUUCUGUAUCAGCUUUUGUGAGAAGGAGUACAAGAUGCGGACCGUGUUGAAUACGGUUUACGGGCUCAAAUCGAAGCAGAUGCCAAGCAACGGGGAGCCUGCGGGAAGUAGUACACCGCCAUUUUCGGCUGCGUCAAUCGUGUCGGAGACGGAAGCGCAGACGCCUGUUAAGAGCUCCGGUGAGGCGGCUGGUCAUGAAAGUAAAGAAAGGAGUUCAGAAACUGGAUUGUAG